GAUAUCACUUCAGCCCGUGCAAUAGUGGCUAAAAUUUUGAAGACUAUAUCUAUUCCUAAUUUUUGAAUUAGAAAUGUAUGGUAGCGAAACGAGACUAAAUAGGUAAUCGAAAAAUGGACGAAAACGAUUUCUUCAGGCAAACGGUCCAGCAUUUAGCGAGAUGUCUCUCUUGUUUAAACCCAACACCUUGGGAAAAGGUGAACACACUGUUCAUGCUAUGCCCUCAAGUAAGCUCACCAUUUGUUGUGACUCCACGCAGCCAAGAGGCCAGCAUUGCUCUUGGACUGUACUUCCUACAGAGUGGGCUUCAGCACCAGGAGAAGCUCUUGCCAUAUUUCCUGAAGGUGUUAAAAUGUCUCUCUAACGCUCAGUUUCAAGAGCCCAUGUGUAGAGUGAAAUCUGGAGACCGUAUUCCUAUGUCAGAGAAAUUUAGCUUCUGUCUAAACACAUUGCUCUCUGAUGUCGCCUCGAAGAACCCUUCGCUGCGAGAAGAAAUCACCACAGCUCAAAUUGAGCUCAUGUCAAAUCUCACAAAGAUAAUAAUCACGUGUUUCGAAAGCAAAGACUACAGCAAAACAGUAUCGAAGCUGCAACUGUGUAAAAGCACAAUACCUAUAUUGAUAGGUUUAGCGCGGUCUAUGGGCAGAUAUGCAACGGUCGAACCGUCGCUAUUGUGUCGAUUAUUUCCUCAACCAAGUAGCCCAGUGAGAACGAAGGAACCAGAACCAAAUUUCGAAUACGCCACCCUCGAUAAGAAAAGGCGUUUCAAUCAAUUCAGACCAAUCAUACCGCGUUCGCUGUCGGGGAAUUUGAACCCAAAUUUUGAGAGCAUAGUUGAAAAUGGUAGCGACACGGUUGACAGUGGUUGCGGUACAUUAAAACGGAGCUCUCUCCAGAGCUACCACUCCGUACCUUACGAUCCGACUACGUAUUUCUUUCACAAGUUCGGAUCUAGUUUUAACCAGUUUCCGUACAUGCGGUUUCCUGAAUCCCCUGAAAAGAGGGUAAGCGUACCGUUUUACGUAACAUACCUGCAGUCGAUAUUGUCGUUGGCCAAAAAGUUAUUGACGAGAGAGCUAUUAGCGUUCUUGGAUGAAGAGGCAGAAGAUAUUCAUGCGUCUGGACAAAUACAAGUAUUUCCGUAUAAAUCGUUUUCAGAAACAUUGAAUUUAGUUAUGGUGACAUUACUACGUGAUAUUCUUCAGAAUCAAAAAGAUUUACCCGGUCCAUUUACGAAGGAUGUACAGGAAUUCGUAAAAUGCUUAUUCCUGAGUGGACAAACAGAGUUACAGAGUCGACAUCAUGAUGCCUCCGAGAAGGAAGAUAGGGAGACCAACUUUGCCACUGUGAAUAAAUUUAAAGUUAAUGUUAUGGCCAAUUCGGCGUGUGUUGAUUUAUUGGUAUGGGCAAUUGGCGAUGAAACCGUGGAUGAAGACUAUGAUGUUCCAGCUCUUUUAAAUGCUCUCACGAUACUAAUAGGAGCCGAUUCAUUAUGUGGUCGAUUGACAGAGAAAAUCAAUUCAAACCACAAUCACAAGUUGAUAUUAGCUCACAUGCCGUUGCUUAUGGUUUGCUUAGAGGGUCUCGGAAAAUUAGCAACAAAAUUCCCUACAAUAGCGAAUACAUCCAUAUAUUGCUUGCGUGACUUCCUAGUCACCCCAUCUCCAAUACUUUUUAAGCUGCACAAGCUGGAGCUCGAAAGGUCUGGUAAAGACCAUAUAAAGGCUACGCUACAAAGCAAAGAAGUGCCGGGCGUGACGGACACGGGUGCGCCCGUGAAGUCGACACCGUUCGAGAAGCUUCGAGACGCGGCGAUAGAGAACCUGUGCGUCGCGCUGGAUGCCGCGCUCUCCGUGGACCCUUAUUGCGUUCCGGCCCUCGUUGGCUCCGUCAGUAACCGCCUGUUCACCGCGGAGACUAGUGAUAGUGAGUCCUCGUUAAUCAGUACAAACAUCGUAAUAAUGUUGGGACACGUCGCGGUCGCACUGAAAGACACACCAAAGACAACGGACACCAUUUUGCAAUUCUUUCAACAGAGGUUGUGCCGAUCACCGUCUUCCCUCGACACGUUGAUAGUAGACCAAUUGGGGUGCAUGGCCCUAGCGAGUCCGGAAGGGCCGGCCCACGAUGAGAUCAUGAGGAUGUUCACAGUGAUCACGGUGGAGGCUGCGAGCGCCGCGUAUCAGCAUACUGACGAUAGGAAACAGUAUCGUCACGUAUCGGGCGCGGUACUGAACGCGCUCGCGAACAUAGCGGCGAACGUGCGCGGCACGAACGCGCGGCACGAGCUGCUCAUCCGGCUGCUGGAGCUGUUCGUGCAGCUGGGGCUGGGCGGCGAGCGGGCCACGGACAGGUCGCCGGCACCGGUGCUGAAGGCGUCUGGAAGUGCUGGGAACCUGGGCGUACUUAUACCCGUUAUAGCGGUUCUCGUAAAAAGAUUGCCGCCAAUAAAAAAUCCCAAACCACGAUUGCACAAGCUCUUCAAAGACUUUUGGUUGUAUUGCGUCGUAAUGGGCUUCACGGCCGCUGAAUCAGCCAUGCGAAAGCGACUGUGGCCGCAAGAAUGGUAUGCGGGGGUAAAGGAAAUAGCCGUAAAAUCGCCCUAUCUCGUAUCUCAGACGUCGUUGCGCUCUGAAAUGAGAACGUAUCAAUAUACGUCGGCGGUAAGGAACGAUUCGGUGUCGAUAAAUGAGUUGCAAGAGUUGAAAACGCAGAUUUUGAACCUGUUAGACCACCAGCCGGAUGUCACGGUGAUUGUUAAUAAGUUGACCUUUGCACCCUGUAUGUAUCUGCUUAGCGUCUAUUGGCUGGAGUCUUUGAGAGUGGCUAAUUCUCCAGAGCCAAGCUUGCAGCCGAUUAUUGAGUAUUUGAGUGACACGGCGCUGCAAAAGGACAAAAGCAGUAUGUGGCAAUGUGUUGCGAGCGUGGGCGACAAAGUAUUCCAGAAGUUUCUGGACGUAAUGUCCGCGAAAGUGAAGGACGAGUCGAGGGAGAGGGAGUUGGAAUUGCACGCACAAUUUUUACUCGUGAAUUUCAACCAUAUCCACAAACAAAUAAGGCGUGUAGCUGAUAAGUGGUUGGCGGGGCUGGUUGAUAGGUUCCCUCAUUUAUUGUGGAACUGUCGGGUUCUAUGGUCUAUGUUGGAUAUAUUGCAAGUAUUAAGCUUCAGUUUAGAGUUGGACCCGAACCAAGAGACUCCGCUAUUGAAAGUACCCGAUACCGACUUCACGUUGCAACUUCAAGACACAUUAGAAGGAAGAGAGUGCAUCGUAAAAGACUUUGCGGAUCGCUGUGAAGGUAUAGUCAAAGAAGCGAUGAAAUGGGCGCCGCAGUCGACCAGAUCGCACCUUCAGGAAUAUUUGAAUCAAGUUCCAAACUCGACGCUCUGGCACCACUGCGGUCUAGCUCUGGCCAUUGGCGCGUUGUUAGGUGCCCCAGGCCUCAAUAGAAUGUCUACUCCACUUCCCCGAGCGGCGUUGGAUAAACGGCCGCCCUGUGUUACCCAAGAUUCGGCGGCCCUAUUGGCGGUUGUGUCGCAGAGGAGUCGGUAUGUUGGAGAGAUCGCAGGAUCAGUGACCGCUGAAGGUGGGGGCGAAGCGGCGCUAUGGCGAGUUGGCAGCCGCUUGCACGCAGCGCUGAAGGAAGCCUGCGCCAGCGGGAGUGAAACGGCGCACCGUACAGCGCUGUGGCGCUGCACAGCGCUGCUCGUGCACGCUAGAACGUUCUCGGUCGGCACUAACUAUGUGUCAGCUACAGCGCGCGCUCUGCUGCAUGGCGUUGCUUGGUCACAAGUGGACAUAUUCACCGAAGACGCAGUGACGUCAGCGGUAGAGUGCUGGCAAUGGCUGACUACAUCACGACCAGACUUGGAGCUGAGAUUGUUGCAAGAGGUGUUCGCAGCUUGGCUGACCACUGUGGACCGGAAAAUGGGGCUGUUCGCUAAACAGGCGGAUGAGAUCAGCCCACUAGCUGCGUAUGAAGGUGCAAAACUUGAACCCCGCCCACCUUUCGUAGCUCCGCAUGCUGUAUGGGUCCGAUACUUGUGCGAAGUGGCUGAAACAGCUAAAUACAAUAGCUUGGAGAAGGUUGAAAUGCUGGCCAGUCUUCUGCACAGGAGUUUACCUAUAACCGUGGGCGAUGUGCGCGAUCAUAUAAACAGACACGUCGACGCUGUUGGAGUUAGAUUUAAAUUGCUGUCCUGCGGCCUGUCACUCCUCCAAGGGGACAUACUGCCGCGCUCGUUGGCUCGCAACAUCCUCCGCGAGAGGGUGUAUUCGGUCUGCUUGGACUACUUCUGCAGGGGGUUGCAGUGCCCAGCCAAGGGCUCGGCGGCCCUCAGGGAGGAUAUCAUAUCCCUGAUCAAAUUCUGGCAGUUGAUGCACUCGGACAAGAAGUACUUGAAGAGCAGCGAUAUUGGAGCUGACUUCGAGCUGAUGCACGGUCCGAGCAGUCAGCAGAGUUUGUACACGUCGAACUCGCCGACGGACAACAGGUCGUCGGUGAAUAGCAGCGACAUUGGUAAUAGACAGACCACGGGCUGGAUUAAUACAGUGCCAAUGUCAACAACGACAUUAAGCAGUGGUGCUGGCAGUAUCGCCGGUAAGAGGUCGAAUAGAAGUGUGAAGCCUCCCACGAAAACGCAAGAUCCCUUCGUCAAAGACUACGUGCGAAAGAGGAACCUUAUACUGGAGUUGAUGGCGGUAGAAAUCGAGUUUCUAGUCACGUGGCACAAUCCCCACGGUAGGCCAGAGCAGGCGGUGCCGGGUGAAGACAAUAUAGCGACGUGGCGCUCCAAGCCCAACACGGAGCGGACGUGGCGCGACUACACCAAACUAGCCUGGGAUAUCAGCCCGACUUUGGCUGUGUUUUUGCCUGAAAGACUUAAAAACGAAGGUAUAGUAGCGGAGAUCAAGCGAAAGGUGCAAUCGCAUCCGACGGCCGUCUGUCACGUACCACAAGCUCUUAAGUAUCUAGUCACUACGGAGACGCUGCUAAAUGAUGCACACGAGCUGGUGCACAUGGUGACGUGGGCGCGCGUGAGCCCGGUGGAGGCGCUGGCGUACUUCAGCCGGCAGUACCCGCCGCACCCGCUGUCGGCGCAGGCCGCCGUCAGCACGCUCACCUCCUACCCGUCCUCCGCCGUGCUGCUGUACAUCCCGCAGCUCGUGCAGGCGCUGCGCCACGACACCAUGGGUUAUGUAUCAGAGCUGAUAAAGUCACUGGCGAAGAAGUCGCAAGUGGUGGCGCACCAGCUCAUUUGGAACAUGCACACCAACAUGUACACUGAUGAAGAGAUGCAUAAUAAAGAUACCGCACUAUUCGACAUAUUAGAAGGACUAACUAAAAAUAUCGUGGAUGGGCUCUCUGGACCCGCUAAAGCGUUCUAUGAACGGGAAUUCGACUUCUUCAGUCAAAUAACCAAUAUUAGUGGUAUUAUACGUCCGUAUCCUAAAGGUGCCGAAAGGAAGAGCGCUUGCUUGGAAGCCCUCAAGAAUAUUAAAGUACAACCCGGCUGUUACCUUCCGUCAAACCCAGAUUCAAUGGUCAUUGACAUUGAUUAUAAGAGUGGUACUCCUAUGCAAAGUGCGGCAAAAGCGCCGUACCUAGCAAGAUUCCGAGUGCGCAAAUAUGGGAUAGCAGAGAUGGAGGCUACAGCUAUGGCUAUUGCUUCAGGGGAAGAACCGCCAGCAGAGGAGGGCAAAGACAGGUUCACAUCAAUAGCUCAAGAGGUGUGGCAAGCGGCCAUAUUCAAAGUAGGCGAUGACGUGCGGCAGGACAUGCUCGCGCUGCAAGUUAUAUCCCUGUUCAAGAAUAUAUUUCAGCAAGUCGGCUUGGAUCUCUACCUCUUUCCAUAUAAGGUGGUUGCGACAGCGCCUGGGUGUGGCGUGAUAGAAUGCGUACCGAACGCGCGGUCCAGGGAUCAAUUGGGCAGACAAACGGACAUCGGGAUGUACGAGUAUUUCAUUAAAACGUAUGGCGAUGAGACCACUAGAGAGUUUCAGGCUGCUAGACGGUGCUUCGUGACGUCGAUGGCGGCGUACAGCGUCAUAGGAUUCUUGCUGCAAAUAAAGGACCGGCACAAUGGCAACAUCAUGCUGGAUACAGAUGGACAUAUAAUACAUAUUGACUUCGGAUUCAUGUUCGAAUCAUCGCCCGGCGGUAAUCUCGGCUUCGAGCCGGACAUCAAGUUGACAGACGAGAUGGUGAUGGUGAUGGGAGGCAAGAUGGAGGCGCCGGCGUUCCGCUGGUUCUGCGAGCUGUGUGUACAGGCGUUCUUGGCUGUCAGGCCAUACCAAGAAGCAAUAAUAUCAAUGGUGUCGCUCAUGCUAGACACGGGGCUGCCAUGUUUCCGCGGUCAAACCAUCCGUCAAUUGCGCUCCCGUUUCGCGCCAAAUUCAACGGAAAAGGAAGCGGCCGCAUACAUGCUGUCAGUCAUACGAAAUUCGUUCUUAAACUUCAGAACGAGAACUUACGACAUGAUACAAUAUUACCAGAAUCAAAUACCUUACUGAUUUUUCGGCAUAUGGGUUAGUUUGGUGGUGAAUCGGCGAUUGACUUUUGUUCUUCAUAGCUUUAUAGGAAAGGCGGACUUACGGAUAUGGUUGUUGUAUUUAAUGUAAUAUCAUUUGCCAAAUGGAAGGUUUUAAUGGUUUGUGGGAAGUUAAACGGAGCACUUAAUUCGUCCUUUAUUAGAAGAAUUAAUAUGAUAGAAUAUCUCUGGUGUUGUAAGUGUUAACCAAAAAUUGUUACGAAUCAAGCUAUUUAAUUACUAAUUUCUAAUAAUUAUGUUCAGAAAUGCUUUUUUAAAGAAUUGGUGCAUGAGUGCAUGUUACAUAGCUGACUCGCCUAUACAUAUCUAUUUUAAUUUAAUUUGCUUUUAAAGAACAUGUCUAAUAAGUGGUUAUCUUUAAAAUAAACCAAGAAGGGAAAGAGAAAAAAGAUGAUAUUUGUUGUCUAAACUAUAUUCCACUAAAAUAUAGAUUCCUAAAUGCUAUUCUCAAAACACGGUUGUUGUUAAAAAAGAGAGAAGCACUACAUAUUUCUGAAAAAUCAUAGAACAGCUAACUAAAGUACAAAUUAAAUGAAAAAUAAAAGUUAUUACUUUUCGCUAAUACUCUAUCCAUAAUAUUCCAAGUGUCUCUCUUAUGAAAUUUAAGUACAUAUUAUAUCUUUAAAAAAGUAGACACGAAACUAUAUAUAUUUUUUAAUUAAAAUAUUGAAAAAUACGUGCUAUAUAAAUUUAAGAUCAAUAUCAUUGUAUUACAGGUUACAUCCCGAGUUGAAUUUGUGUGUUAGUCCACUAUACUAGUAGUUGGCUUUUAAUUAUGAGAAAAGGUAUACACCUUAUACUUUCUUCCUAAAGGAAUAUUUGUUUUUAAUAAAAUUUUGUUCUAUGGACUUAAACCUUCUCGUCCUAAUAACGUUUUCCUAACUAUCGAUUAUUGAUUAAUUGGUCGUUUUUCAGUUUAGAUAAAGUUAAUGUUUGAUUUUUUUAUUACAUUCCACAUAGCAACUACAGAUUAAAUAAUAAUUGAAUGUUUUUAAUAGUUCAAUUUUCAAUCAGCUUUUUCAAUAUUUAUUAAUAACAUAAACAUUUAAGAAACGCAAUGCUUAUUAAAGUUAAAUUUUAAUGCAAACCGACAAAGUAUGGGUUAGUUAGUCGAGUUUCUAUAAAACUAAUAUUUUCCUCCUUAAAUUUCCCAACUGAUUGUAAAGAGACUUUCAGAAAGAAAAAGGGCCACCUCUUCGUGAACAUUCGUUCAUUGUUCUUUAAUAUAAUUAUUUUCCUAAACCUACAAUGCUGGCUUUUAAUGUUUUUUUUUAUUCAUUUUAUAUUUCUAACCAUUAUAUUAUGUACUUGGAAAUGUACGAAAAGAAUUGCGUUUUAAAAUAUAAAAAUAAAAUAAUAUUUUUAAUAAAUCAUCGAUUUUUGAUUCUGCUUCAUGGAAUUUUAUAAAUUUAAGUGAAUAUAAUUAUAAGAAUAGCAUUAUUGCAGAGAUUGCUUUAUUCUAAGCUUCAGUUACCAAGUUGUAUCCAAUUGCCCCAAAACUAUUAUUUUUAAUUGUUUACUUUUAAAUGUAUUGGAACAUCCACCUCGCCUUGAGAAUUAUGUACUGCUUUCAUAAGUUUGUGAUCGUAAAAAACAAAUAUCGGACAAAAAUACUCUUUAUAUAUAAAAUAUUAUUGUUAUAAUCGUUUAAUGUUGUAUCGACGUCGCCUAUUCGUUUCCAUAGUAUUUAUAUUUAAAUUGGGAUAGUAAAAGUCGAGUAUACUAAUUUACUUUAAUGUUUGUUUAUCGAUUUAUUGUCCAGUGAGAAAUAACAAAUACCAAUCAUACCUAUCCACGUUUUGCAUUAUUGAAAAUUGUUAUUUAUUAAACUUAAACUUUAGUCAUUAAUGUAAAGUACUUAUUAUUACUCUAUCUAAGUAAUUACAUAAUUUGUAUUUAAUACAACGUGCUUUAUUUAUGUAUUAUUUAUUUUAAUUUAUAUAGUAUUUCAAACCAAAAUAGACACGGAGCACUAUAAACAUACAAUAAAACUGAAUUGCCUUUGAUUAUUUACCGGUCUACAGUGAGUAUUUUUCGAUACGUUGAAAAAUUAAGCCAACUCUGGGCCUAUAAUUAUAACACAGAUAAAAUUAGGUAAGAUAUGACGCAAGUGUACGACAAAGCUGUCACGCACACAAGCUUACAAUUAUUGGUCCAGUGACCAUUUUGACACACUGAUGUCUAUUCAGUAUUUAAUCAAAGGUAAUAAUGUAAAAGGGUUAUAAAUACAUAUUGAGUCAGAGGCGCAUACUAUACGUACUUGUAUUAUUAAGGUUCUAGAAAUAUUUGUAUUAAAGUGAUUAUUUCGAUGAUAUGAAUGUAGAUAAAUUUGUUACAUAUAGUUCCAAUUGUUGAUCAUGUCGAUAUUCUAUUAAAUUAUAAGAAUGAUUUCAAUAAAUGUAUUUUAAUUAUUAUUGCUAUAACAUUUACAUUGUCGUUUUAGAAGUAUCAAUGGCAACACUGUUACACUUUUUUCUAUUUACAAUUUUUUUUUAAACUGUGUUGAUACUUGAUACUAAUUUUAAUAUUGAUUUGUUGAAGGUAAUUCUACCUAUUGUGCUACUUCAUUUCAAGUAUUGUAACAUUGUUGCCGUGCAUAUACCAAUAUAAAUGUUUGGACAUUCCUCUAUGAAAUAUAUAGCAAUUUGUUGUUGGUAUUGAUAAAUAUAUGGUAAAGGU